CCGUGUCUGCUGCUUCCGUGUCAAGGUAGUUUCCCUGCUCUUCAGCCGGACCGUCCACCGCCGCCUGCCUGACUGAAAACAUACUCCAAACAAUGCGACCCAUUCCCGAGGAGCUCACGACGCUCAUUUCAGAUCUUGAACAGUUCCUAUCUGAUGGAUUAAAAGGGGAGAACCUCAGCAAGAAGGCAAAAGAGAAGAGGGAGACCUUCAUCAAACGGAUUAAGGAGGUCAAGUUGGGUUUUCCACAAGAUUUCAAGGACAAGACACUGUUUACUCCUGCAGGUGGAGAUGACUCUGACGAUGAGGAGGAGGUUGACAGCAACAACGAUGGCGGGUCACUGCAGUCAGAGCGCACAGACAAAGAUGACGAGGCCUGUGAAGGAGCUCAGCAGUCUCCACCUGUGGCAGCCCAGGACCUGCCGUCUGUCUUUAAAGCGGGAUACCUGGAGAAGCGCAGAAAGGAUCACAGCUUUUUUGGCACAGAGUGGCAGAAGAGAUGGUGUGCUCUAAGCCAUCAGACCUUCUACUACUACGGCAGUGAGAAAGACAAGCAGCAGAAGGGGGAGUUCAGUAUCGAUGGCUACUCUGUCAAAAUGAACAGCAGCUUACGGAAAGACUCCAAGAAAGACUGUUGCUUUGAAAUUUCAGCUCCAGACAAGCGAGUCUAUCAGUUUUGUGCGUCAUCAGUGAAAGAGGCGGCGAAAUGGGUGAAACAGAUUGACUUUGUUAUAAAAGAUAUGUCAGGCAUCAUCCCAGAAGAUGAAGAGGAGGAACAGGGACUAUACGAUGAUGUGGGUAAUACGGAGGAGGAAGAGCAGCCUGAGGCAAUAGAUGAAGACAUCUAUGAGGAGCUUCCAGAGGAUGAAAUACCCACUCCAGCGAAGCCGCCUCCAAAGUUGGAUUUGGCGAGCAAACCUGCUCCACCUGUUGCAGUUGAUAAGAGCACUGACUACCAAAACCACUACCAGGGUUUAUGGGACUGUGUAGCAGACCAACCGGAUGAGUUGUCCUUCAAACGUGGAGAUGCCAUCUACAUCCUGAGCAAGGAGUACCAGAAUUACGGCUGGUGGGUCGGAGAGAAGAGCGGAGCGAUAGGAAUCGUUCCCAAAGAGUACCUGAUGGAGCUUUAUGCUCUAUAAACACAUGCUGUGUGAGUUGCUACAUCAACACGUUUUAUUUUGAACUAUUGUUUGCCCUGUACAAAUCUAAAGAAUUCAAAUGUAUAACAGGAAAUUGCAGAUGUAAUAUUUUCAAGUGAAGUGAUUGGAUGACAAUUUCCUGAAGACCAUGUUUGAAAGUAUUUUUCUACUGCUUGUUCACAGUCAUUUUCUGUAAUUGUUUAUCCACAACAUUUCUUGAAUUAUUUUUUUGCAAAUGAAUCAUGUAUUAAUGGCUAGAGGAAUAAAGCUGUAAACAUACCUGUUUUAUGAAAGCUUUUAAUUUAAUUAUUUAAUUUUCCACUUAAGCCACAAGGUGGCAAUAGAGUUUCUCCCGAGGUCAUAGAUUACACCUGUGACAGAGAUGCUUAAAGUAGAAAUAAUAGAUUUGUAGAAGAAUUAUCUUUGGGUAAAACGUAAGGAGUGCAGUUGUCUAAAAUGUUUUAGGCUACUGAAACAUGAUUUUCCUUUUAUAAUGCAGACGAGUAAAAAUCAAGCCUCUGUUAAAAUCAAGUACAACUCCUCCUGCGUGAAGAGUUAUUAAUCUGUUUUUAAAAAGAAAGACUUUCUUCAUUUGGUCAGCACUUUUAUCCCAAGCUUCACAGAGAUGCCGGGCUUCUUUUUAUGGCACCUGAGAGACAUAGCUGGCCAGAGGAUCACAGUGUGGCAGAUGGCUGGCUGAGCUGCAUGCCUGACUGAAAUGGCUGAGGUGCACUAAUAAGACAACCACCCUCACAGAUAGCAGGGACACUUAUCACCCUCUAAGGAGCUGUUUGACAGCAGGCGAGGUUGCAUUUGCUGGGCUUAUCCCACUGAGGUUACACACAUACUGUAGAUAUCUUUUUUACCAUCUCCUAGCUGACAUACAAAAAGUUGCAAUGCAUUUUUUUUAAUUUAUAAGAAUAUUGCUUUCCUUUUUCGGCUGUCGAAAACAAAAUGGUCCCUGCCAAGGUUCUUUCAAGGAUGUCAGAAAACGAAGCAAAAUGUGAUCAUUAAACAAUACCUCAUUGUA